AUGGCAGGUUCCACACCCGAGCGAGUCAUCUGGAUUGGCGACGAUGCAUUGCUUCCUAAAGCGACGGAUACGGCUACAUUGGACGAGCAGUCUGCGCUGAUCUUCAUCUACGAUUCAGAUCUGAAGAAUCAAGCAGAGUACCUACCAAGCUGUUAUCAGCGCAAGGAGGCUCUUCGGAUUCAGAAGGCCACAAAUGGCUCCUGGGUCUCUUUCGACGCGGAACAAAAGCUCAAGGGCAUACAUCAAUCCAUCGUUGUUGCAAGUCAACUCCAAGUGAUGCCGACCUUCACUACAUGGAAAGAGUUUGCUGGCAGUUUGAGCGCAAAGCCACCGACCAAGGCAUCUGGACCGGCCGGGAUGUCGAAAAGGCCACAACGGGCUAAAGGCAAGAAACCGACGAAGAAGGAACUAGAGCUAAAGAAGAAAACACUUCUGACAUUCUGCUGA